AUGACGACACCGGCUGCCGAGCAGAAGAAGAUUAUCGAGCAGUUGAUGGGCAAAGGGUCCCUGUCUUCCCGUCAUAGUUCCUAUAGAGGAGAAAUGAAGUUAGAAGACCCCAGAAUAUGCAAGUCGUUCUUGGUCGGAGAAUGUUUGUAUGAUCUGUUUAAAGGCACUAAGCAGAGUCUCGGCAAAUGUCCAAAGAUACAUUUAGCUAAGUACAAGAUGCAAUAUGAGCGAGAGGUUAAGAAUGGCAAAGAUUUCGUAGACUUCGACCGCGAAUAUUAUUCAAUCUUGUCAAAGUUUGUAAAUGACUGCAACGGUCAAGUAGCCGUUGCAUUGAAGAACCUCGAACACACAUCGGAAGAGCGCGAAAAGGUUCAGAGAAUCACCGGAGAGCUGGAAGUUUUGGACUCGCAAGUUGGGCUGAUGUUGCAGGAGAUUCAAGUGCUACUUAAAAAUAAUGAAGUUAAGAAGGCUAUGAUGCAGUCAGUUAAACUCCAGCAGCUGCAAAGACAUCGUCAAGAGGUGGCCAAAAAAGUACGAGAAAUAGCAGAGAACGUGGGACAAAGCGCCCAACAGAAGCUUCAGGUGUGUGAAAUUUGUGGGGCAUACUUGUCAAGGCUAGACACGGACCGGAGACUUGCAGACCACUUCAUUGGAAAAAUCCACCUAGGAUACGUUAUAAUACGACAAGAACUAGAGACAUUAAAACGGCGGUUCAAAGAUCGUGGAGAAGAAUUAGUAGCCGUCCACCGAAGACCAGCAUCACAAUACCAGCCAUCAGCGAGAACCGCUCACUCACAUAGAUCAUCAUAUCAGCCGAGAUAUAAACCAAGGACUUACCGAGGCUAUUGA